AUGAAAGCUCGUCCUGGUCCGUCAGCUGAGUCACGCCGCGUCCAGGACAAGGUCAGUUUUGUUUUGAAAGUCGCUGCCAAAAGCUGGAGCUCUCCCGACGACCCUCAAACUUUCACAUUUAGCCAAAGUCUUUCUCCUGACAUUACAUCCAAACCCAAUAUCGUCUCUGCAGCAAAGGAGGCGCUGGAGGAAAUCGCUUUGGGACAGAUCCACUUAAAGACCAGAAAGACACCUAAGCGCUUGAGGGGGUUGGUGAGGGGACACGGGAGAGGGGCCGGAGUGUUUUCCACGGGACGUCCGGAAGCUUCUAUUAUCCAUAAGGACGAACAUGAGAGCUGCAGAGAGAUGAGGAGAGGCCCACGCAGGCUCAGGGAUUAG